CGCUAGCUUGCUCUUUCCAGACAGCGUGCUUCUGCUCAGCCCAGGCGUUGCAUCAUCUCUUGCGGGCGUCUAUUCUGGAAGGCUGGGCGCGCCGUGAUCCGCUGCACCGGGUCGCAGCCUACACUCCCGCGCUCGUCCUUCCGCACCUAUUCCUGGUCUAGAAGACUCCGGGGAGAGACUCCUACCAGUUGUGGUACCCAGCGGUCUGACCUCACUAGCUCCGCCAGAUUCAUUCAUUCAUUGGGAGCCCGUCUUUUCCAAGAUCCCAAGUCCGUUGGCUCCUCCAGCUUGGAGCGGCGGGCAGCGCCAUGGAGAAGAGCAGCGAGACCAACGGCUACCUCGAGAGCACCCAGUCCGGGCCUGCGGCGGGGCCCGGCGCGUCUGACACCGCGAAGGGACCCGUUCGUCGCUGCAUUGCCUUCCUGCGGCGCCAGGCGCUGGGGCUGCUCACCGUGUCGGGGGUGGAACCGCACUCAGGUCACCUACCUGGCCUUCCCCGGAGAAAUGCUGCUCCGCAUGCUGCGCAUGAUCAUCCUGCCGCUGGUGGUCUGCAGCCUGGUGUCGGGCGCCGCCUCGCUGGAUGCCAGCUCUCUUGGGCGUCUGGGCGGCAUCGCGGUCGCCUACUUUGGCCUCACCACUCUGAGUGCCUCGGCGCUUGCUGUCGCUUUGGCGUUCAUCAUGAAGCCCGGGUCCGGCGCGCAGACCCUUCAGUCCAGCGACCUAGGGCUGGAGGAGUCCGGUCCUCCUCCAGUCCCCAAAGAGACAGUGGACUCCUUCCUCGACCUGGCCAGAAACCUGUUUCCCUCAAAUCUUGUGGUUGCUGCUUUUCGUACGUAUGCGACUGACUACAAAGUCAUGCCCCACAACACCAGCUCUGGAAACUUAACCCAUGAAAAGAUCCCCAUCAGCACCGAAAUUGAAGGGAUGAACAUUUUAGGACUGGUCCUUUUUGCUCUGAUGUUAGGAGUAGCCCUUAAGAAACUAGGCUCAGAAGGAGAAGAGCUCAUCCGUUUCUUCAAUGCCUUCAAUGAGGCGACAAUGGUGCUGGUGUCAUGGAUUAUGUGGUAUGUACCUGUGGGCAUCAUGUUCCUGGUAGGAAGCAAGAUUGUGGAAAUGAAGGACAUCGUUGUGCUGGUGACCAGCCUGGGGAAAUAUAUCUUGGCAUCUAUAUUAGGCCAUGUUAUUCAUGGAGGACUUAUUCUGCCACUUAUUUAUUUUGUUUUCACACGAAAAAAUCCAUUCAAAUUCCUCCUGGGCCUUCUUGCACCAUUUGCAACAGCAUUUGCUACCUGCUCCAGCUCAGCAACUCUUCCUUCUAUGAUGAAGUGCAUUGAAGAAAACAAUGGUGUAGACAAGAGGAUCAGCAGGUUUAUACUCCCCAUCGGGGCCACUGUGAACAUGGAUGGUGCAGCCAUCUUCCAGUGUGUGGCCGCAGUGUUUAUCGCCCAGCUCAACAAUGUAGAGCUGAACGCAGGACAGAUUUUCACCAUUCUAGUGACUGCCACAGCAUCCAGCGUUGGAGCAGCAGGCGUGCCAGCUGGAGGGGUCCUCACCAUUGCCAUCAUCCUAGAGGCCAUCGGGCUGCCCACUCAUGACCUCUCUUUGAUCCUGGCUGUGGACUGGAUUGUGGACCGCACCACCACCGUGGUGAAUGUGGAAGGGGAUGCCCUGGGUGCAGGGAUUCUCCACCACCUGAACCAGAAGGCGAUGAAGAAAGGGGAGCAGGAACUGAGUGAGGUGAAAGUGGAAGCCAUCCCCAACUGCAAGUCUGAGGAGGAGACGUCGCCUCUGGUGACACACCAGAACCCUGUGGGCCCUGUGACCAGCGCCCCAGAACUGGAAUCCAAGGAGUCAGUUCUGUGAUGGAGUUGGGCAGUGGUGCCCACCCUGGUGGCCCAGCUGCCAACACUGGGCAUGGCCCUCACCAACUUUUAGCUUCCCGAGCAGUGCCUGGCCCAGUCACCAGUUUGAGGGUGACAGGCAUUGGACUCCCCAGCAGAAACUGGUUACCAAGGACCAGGACACACUGACUUUGGCUUGAUCCACAUCCAGGUGUGCACCAGGGCUCCAUCUGGAAAUGCCCCCUCAAGCUGCCAGGCUUGGAGAGACGGGGGCUCACUAGUGCCUGUGGUUAAAGCUUGGGGAAAUGCAGAUACAAUCUUCAUUGUCACCAGUCAGAGCUCCAUCAGGUGCCCUCGGGGCAGAGCAAAGGGAGCAGUCAUCUGUCGCUUCAUCUCGUGAACAGUAGCAAUUAGAAAAAUUCCCAAAUUCUUAGCUUGGGCUAGAAUUUGCUGACCUGUGACUUGGGUGUUUAAAGAGUUUAUGCUACAGCCAGGUGUGGGUGGCUUCUGAUCAACUGGUGGCUGGGGAAUUAGACAUGUGCAGUGUCUGGUUAGAAUACUCCAGGUGGGUGUUAGCAUUGUUGGGGUCUCUGGUCAGUAGUUUAAGGAAAGGACUUAAAUUCUGAGGUCAAAGAAAGAAGAGGAAGUAUAACCAGCUGGGGGUAGGGGUGGGUAGGUUGAGGGGCUCACCCUAAUGAGGACAGGACACACACACACACACACACACACACACAACUGUCCCCA